AUGGGUGGGGACAGGGGACCGGCUGAUGAGGGCUGGCCAGGCAAAGAUCACAGUCCGGGGGCAAGAGGAGUCAGCAGCAGGCCCCGGCCCUGGAUGUCUGGGUCUAACAAGCGGAGAGGAUUCCGCACGGGUCAUGGUUUUGAUGAGGAGAAAGUUACGGUCGUUGAGUCUCCUUUUGACUGGUGCAAAUCUGAGCUGACCCGGGCCAUUCCACACCGCUUUGGUGCACUAAGAAUAUCCCUCAAUCACCUACAGACGGUCAGAAAGUCCAAAGUGGCGAUCUCUCAAGAAGUCUGUGUGAUCGGCCACUUAAGUCAUUCUUAG